UGCUAAAAAUGCAAAUGGUUUUGCAUUUUUAUAUUGUUUGACGAUCAGGAAAAACUCCUUGGUGGACAGAUGAUUUAUAAACGUUAUAAAGAAUGUUUUUGAGAUGAUCAAAACACUCGAUAAUUAUGUCACCAAUAAUUCCAUCAGCUCCGAUAGCUUUUUUUUUUGAAGGCGAUUUCGAAUUCAUCAAAAGGCAAACUUCAAUUGUUACAAGCUUUAUUGUUCGAUUACCGUGUAAUUUGUACGCAAAAUUUACUAAAACUCAAGAUACGUAUAUGACAGGAAACAUAAUAAAAUCGUUAACAAAUGCCAACUCAUCUGAUUGCGCAGUAGCAUGCGUUACUAACUCUAAUUGCAGUUUAGUUAAUUGGAAAGAAGACGAGUUGCUUUGCGAACUAAUAUCAGGCUCAAGUCCUCAACAGACUGCAAAAAACCUUUGGAUGGUUUUACAACCCGACAAUACUAACAAUCAAAUUGUUGGUCGAAUUUGUGAGCAAGUUAACCCUUGUGAUAUUACGCAAACAUGUCGAGAUGUGUGCGAUUCUUUAAAUAAACACACUUUUUCGUGUCUUUUAAGUAAUGAUGCAUCAAGAGGCGGUACGGCAUCAAUAUCAUCUACAUGGGAUUCAGUAAACACAGCUGCAAGUAAAGCAAUUGACGGCAGUGUAACAACUACUGCAAUAACUGGUAAUAGCCUGAAUGAACAUUGGUUUAAGUUGGAUUUGAAUUAUGUAUAUCAAAUUAAUCAAAUUGUUGUUUACAAUCGAAUAGAGUACCUUCCAAGUAGAAUGAAUGGCAAUAAACUUAUUGUGAAUAUAAACGAUCAAUACAUAAAUGUUCCUGAAAUUGCUGUGUUAACUUCCGAUUUAAAACAAACAAUCACAGGCUCAUUUAUUGGUAGAUAUAUUUUUAUUGUUAGAGAUUCCAGUGAUUUACUUCAAGUAGCAGAAAUUAAUGUUUUUGUAUAACUUUAGCAGCAUAUAUUUGAGAUUUUAAGUUUUUACUUUUUAAUAUGCAAUACAUUUUUACCACUUUAAUUAAUAAUAUUUAAUUUAAUUACAUGCAAUAUUUUUUAUUACAUAUGGCAUUUUUGCAAUGAUUUUGUUGUUAUCUAUUUACGUUUUUAGUAAAUAACAUUCAGAUCAGGUUCGCACUCAGAUUGGUGUUUUAUUUAAAUAAAGGCGAGUAUUAGUUAAGGUUAACUAACAAUAAAUUAGUAGUGAUGCGUUUAAAAAAUUUAAAAUUAAUUUAUUGUUAAAAUUAAUAUUAUUGCUUUA